AUGAAAAUAAUACGAAAUAAUUCAGAAGAUAAAAUAAAUUCCAAUUUAUCCAGAUCAACGUCUUCAUUAGUUUCAACAGAUAUACAAAAAAGUCCAUCAUUUGAUGAUAUGAAUAAUCAUAUUCAAGAUGAUUCGAAUAAAAAAAUUGUUUCACCAAUAUAUGAAAUGCAAGUAAAUCACAAUGAACAUAAUAACAUAGCUGAAAUUCCUAUUAAACCACCACAAGUAGUUCAACAAACACGUACAUUAGCACAAAUAAGAGAACAACUUGCAUUGAAACGAAAAGCUUCAGCUUUAGCAGUUUCAAAUUCCACAACAGUACCAACAAAUAAUCCACCUUCUAGUCCAUUAAUUACUACAAUCAAGACCGAACCAAAAAUACAAAAUGAGCCUAUCUAUCGAUCUAUGUCUUCUUCUACUAUCAGUAAUUCAAAGCUUCCAAAAGAAUAUUCAACGUCAAAUACAAUCCUACCUUCAUCAAUAUUUACAAACCAAUUGACUAAUGAUUCUAUUAUUUUGAAUACCAACAACAAUAAUAAUAAUCAUAAUAAUAAUAACUCAGUAACACAACUUUUGUUUGACGAUCUUUCUGAAACACUCGAUCAAUUUACUGUAUCAAUGCUUGAUAAUAUCAGUGAAGCGACAACUAAUCAUUCAAAUUCACAGUCUAAUCAACAGCACCAGCAGCAACAACAACAACAACAAAUAAAUUCUAAUUCACAAAUUAUACCUGAUUUUGAUAGUAUUUUACAAGAAUUAAAAUCAGUUGGUCAAACUCAUCAAUCAGAUCAUCAACAAACAACAAUGAUUGUUGAAAAUAUUACAGCUAAUAUUAAACAAGAACCACAAACAAUCUCUCAAAAUCAAUCAUUAAAUUCUAAUGAAACAAUAUCUCCAGUUAAAUAUCAAUCAUCAUCCGAUGAUCUGCUUGCAUUUCUUUCAUCUGAUCCGACUGUUUCAUUACCCAGUAUUAAUACAAUGAUGCUUUCAACAAUUCCUACAUCUACAAUCACAACAUCACCUGUUCGUACACCGAAAAAGAAAGGUGCUAAAUCGGAUAGUACAUCACCAAAAAUAAUAAAAGAUAGUGGAACUAUUAUUAAAGGUAAAAAAACAAAGAAAAAUACACUUGAUAGAGAAUCAUUACAACAAAUAUUAAUUAAAACAAAUGGUGAAUUUGUUGAACCGAUGCAUAUUGUUCUUGCAUCACCUGUUAAACAUCAACCAUCAACAACAUCAUAUUCACCUAUUGCACCAGCAACUAAUAAAAAAAUCAACAAUGAAACAACAUCUAGUUGGAUGACAACAAAUAUUUCACAAACAACAAAAAAUGCACAAGCACUUGCAUUAAAAGCAGUCGCAAGAAAUCAAGUUGCAAAAAUUAAUUUUCAACAACAACAACAGCAACAACAACAAGCAAUGGAUACUGGUAAUUACGAUUCAUCUAUAUCACGUCCAACAUUACUUGUUGCUCGUACAGAUUCUUCAUCAACAUCACAUACUCAACAACAGACAUUACAAGCACGUUUAAAUGCAUUUGUUGUGAAUGUUCCUCAGCAGCAAUCAGCAAAAUUAAUUCCAACAAAUACAACAGCAACAUUAACACCUCAACAACAUGUAUUUUUUCAACAAAUUAUCCGUCGUGAUUCUCCAUCCACAACAACAACAUCAGCAGCAUCCUUAGAAUCUUCAACAACAUCAAUUGCAAAUCUCGUUCAACAACAAGCUAUAUCUACAACUGUUCGUGUUCCAACUACAACAUCUACAACAACAUUUAUUCCACAACAACAAAUUCCUACACGUACAAUUCAUCAAGUAUCAAAUGGAAAUGAUUCAACACGAAAACAACAAUUAUUUGAAACACUUUCAGCAUCAUUAGCAAAUAGUCGACCAAUGAAUUAUAAAUGUACAUGUGAAUGUAAACCAUUAAUUGCUUGUAAGAAAUGUGGUGCAUAUUGUCAUGAUGAUUGUAUUGGACAAACGAAAUUAUGUGGAAAUUGUCUUGUUAUGACUUCUUGUUAA